GCUGCAACAACUCAACUUGCAGCGUCUCAGAUGGUCUGGUUUGAAUGUGAGCAUGGAUGUAACGCUUUCUCUCUUUCAGUGAAUGCAUGAGGAAAGGACGUUCGGCUGAAUAAUAAGGGGGGAUUCAGCUGCUGGCUCGUUAUUAUAGUGCAAUUCCUGUUCGCGGUAUGGGCGGGUUGCAGGUAGAAAACGCUGGAGUUGGCGGUAUCGGGGAAAACGCGGAGGAGAGGUAUCGCGCUCUCGCCUAUGACACUGCUCUGAGCACUUUGGUGGCAGUGGCCGUGUAUGUGGUGGUGAAAGUGAGCCUGGACGGCUUCAGACAGUGGCGGGCCAGGAUCUCGGUGCUCAUCGUGGGCUCGGGUCCUGUGGGUCUGACAGCCGCCCUGGUCGCUGUCCGCUCGGGAAAGGUGCUGAAACUGACCGUGCUGGAUGAGAGGUACCGGACUGCCCUGCUCUGUCGGCCCCAGCAGAUCGCCCUGGAUCCACGGAGUGUGAAGUUUCUGCUGGGACUCGGGGUGGACUUUGAUAACAUGGAGGGCUGUUGGCACAACGAGCACUUCUUCACCAGGAUAGGCGUGUUUCAGGAGUACCUGCUGAGCAUCCUGGAGCAGAAGAAACAGAAGGUGGACGUCAAAGUGCAGCUGGGAAACAAGUUCACAGAGGAAUACCUGCGGCGGAUCCCGCGGAACGAGUGGCCACGUGUGAUUGUGGUGGCUGAUGGGUCGUGUGGUGACUCCUGCUCAGUGCUGGGCAUCAGCUCUGACUACACUGUGGAGACCUGCCAUGCCUAUGGAGCUAAUGCAACCAUCGAGAGACUAGACCAGAGGCAGGUACCCACACCUGAGAUCCGUGCCCACAGCCUCUACUUCGACCUGUCGGCUUACGGGAUGGAGGCCCUCCGAGAGCACCGAAAUCCAACGGCCAAACCUGGCUUCCACCUGAAAAUCUAUGGCACCUUCAGAAACCGCUACAUGGCCCUCCUCUGCCCUGCCUCUGACACAAAGAUGGUCCGCUUCCUCAGGCACACGGCCAACUCCUCUAUCAUGAAGAACAUUUUCCACCAGUCAUUCAAUGUUUAUAAGACAGACAUAGAGCCCCGUCUAAAUGAUGUCACUCUCCACCACAUGCAGUGCAGUCGCCGUCUUUUUGAGAUUCAGUUAUCACACAGACGCAUCAGUGCUGCCUACAUAGAGGGGGACAAUGUGGCGGUCACUGUGGAGGGGGAGGCAGCACGUGUCCUCAACUUCGACACAGGUUGUGGGGUGAAUCUAGGUAUGAGGGGUCUGGAGUCCAUGGGGACUUUCAUUUACCGGACAGCCACUGCAGUAGACCAGAAUGAUGUCCUCGAGGCUCUGUCGGCUAAGAUGCAGCACUCCAGACAGGUGGCUGAGACCUUCAAGCAGACAGGCCUGGCUCAAUCAAUGUAUGAAUGAAACACCAGGAAGUGAAUGCAUAAUGCCACCUAGCGGUGGAUUACUUCUGUUCACAUGUAUCAUGGGUCUGAUGCUGAAUUGGACCACUAACAGCUACAUACUGAUGGAGCUGAAAAGCAUGAGCUGUCAACUAAUGGAGGAUGGAUGUACACAUGGGACCAUAUGUUUUGGUGACAUACAGUAGGUGGAUGUUUGUGUAAUGGCUGGAGGGGGAUAGCCAAGGCUACAUUUGGAACAGUUUUCAGGUUGUAAAAUGUGUUAAUACCGUGCAGUAAACUAUGUCAGAAAAUAAAUAAGAUAACAUUUUGCUUUUGUAAUGAAACAUUUCUCUGUGAAGUGUGAGAUGUUACGGGAAAGAAAUCAAGCCCUAAGAUAUUAGGAGUAGGUGGAGUAAAUGAAAACUCCUCAUUUUCAUGUCAUCUUCUCUUUCAAAAGAGAAGGAACUGGCUUGAUUUGCAAAAUCAAGCUCAUUGUGCUUUCUGGACAUCAAUUGUGCUAGAACAAUGAUAAGUAUGAGCCAUAACAUCAUCAGGUAGCUCUGAAUAAUGUACAACGGUUAUUGUCCAGAGGAAUCAGAUAAGAAGUCCAAAGGGUUAUUAGCCUUGUGUUUGUUUGGAUAUGUGGCAACUGGCGAUGAAGUCCUAAAGUAUUAGCUAAAGUGGCCUUUGUUUGUGUGCAGCUUUGUAAAUUAAGAUUUUGCCCUUAUUUGAAAAUAGUGUAAAAUCAUACUUCAGGCCAAUUGUGAUAACACAAAUAUAUAUAUAUUUUUUUCUGGUGUUUCUCUUUUUAUAUUUUGAUCCAGGUGAUCUGAAAAGACUCAAGUAUCAUCACUAAAAGUACCAAUAAAGAUUGUGAUUUGGCAGAAGUGAUAUGGAGGGUCCUCAAUUUAAAAGCAACUUUCAAGUUAGUUGCUAGUCCGGGCUGUAACAAAUUUGUAUUCUGUAAAUAAAGAUAAUAAAAUGACAGCCCCCAAAACAGACCUAACUGUUCUACUCUGUGGAUUAUCAAGAUUAUUAACGUGAUGUUGAAAAACUAACUUGGAUACUUUUUAUGAACUGCAAUCUAUUAGGAUAGUACAGUACUGGCACAUUGUUUCCAUAAUGGCAGAUAUGAGGCAGUACAGUACUGUCCUCUAGUGGUGUAUUCCUUCAGUUGCAUCUGCUCAGCCUCAAACUAGUCUUCUCACUAAUUAUUUAAGGUAUAGCACGUAGUCGACCUCAUGAAUGUCAAUUUUGUUUGUAACUAAGAAAAAGAGGCGUCAUAGGACUGAAGUCAAACUUUGUAAAAAUUAUGCUGUCCAUAAAUAGAGCUGCUAAAAAUACAUAUAUUUUAAGCUUUAUAGUGAUGACUAAAUUUCUAGAAUUGUGUCGCAUCUUAAUCGUAAAUUAAAAUAUCACGUGCAGAACGUUGCUCGAGUCCCCCUAUGAACCAAUGAAACCUGUCAUUUAUUAAAGCGUUUGGUUUUGUUAUGUAAUUUGAUUCAGAAAUAAACAUUUUUAUUUGCAGUAGAUCUAGGCCUACAGGGAAAUAUCAUAUUGUCUUUUUUUGUUGUGUGUUAUUAUACGUAGCUAAUAACAUGGGGUUUAUUCCUACUAGUGUAUACUACUUUUUGUUUUAGUAUUUUUUAACUCAGUGAUUAUACUAUUAUAUCUAGUGAUUAUUUUAUUUAAAUACGGUCUUAUGUAGCCUACUCCUCUACAUUUGAAUAAGCAUCAUCAGAAGUUGCAUCUACCUGACGUACCGCACCACCCAGCGAGCACACUCAGUGACCCAAAUCAAACACACCUCAAACCCAUCCUUAUUACAAGCCUAAAAGGAGCAUGCCAGGUUUUGGCUAACAUGCUAAUUGUUGAAAUGUUUGUGAUUGACUCCAGCGGUGACUUCUGCGUUCACCGAGGAACAGAGCCACAUUCAGCCUUCUGAACCUUUGCAGAGUUCAUGUGACAGAGAGGCUGGAGAGUGGACUGGUGAUAAUGCUUUGAGAAUAAACGAGCAGAGAGUUGAAACACUAACAAACUGUGGAGGACUUUGCAGGCCUCAAUGCUUACAUAAAGCCAUACAGACAGGACGUCCAGAAAGUUCCUCCAUCUGUGAUAGAGAGCUGUGACUUCUCCAUCCCACCACCCUUGAUGAAAGAGAUAUCAUGACACUGGAAUGCUGAUGUUUCAAGAGCAACCUACGGCACCCAGACUGCCAUAAAGCAC